AUGGUUGAGCCCUGUGACAGAGGGAAGCGCUCAGCUGAGACACCACACGCCGAACGCCGCUCUCCUCGUUACAUAAGCCGGGCAGGGAGCGGCCCUACAGCUCCCACUGCAGGGCGAGGGCCCCACCGAGGAGAAACACUCACCACCACGAUGGUGCUCCACACCAGGAAGCCCAAACCCGCUCCGCCCCCGCGGGCCGUGACGUCGGACGGCGGCCGGCAUAGGCCGCUCCAGGGGACGCCGUUGCUGGGUGACGGAGCGCUGCCUCAGUCGGAGCCGAGCAUGGGGCGGCCGCGGUGUCUGUGCGAGAUCUGCACCUGCGGGCGCCAUCGCUGCCCUCAUAGGCCUACAAGGAUUUAUGAUAACGGACAACAGCUGCACCUCACAACAGAAUAUGUGGAAAAAUACCCCAAGUACAGCAACAUCUCUCCUGCCCGGAGCCUUAAGCCUAAACAAGAGUACCAAGCGCAUCGUGGCAAAAUGGAAGGAAUUACAACAUUUAAAUCUGAUUAUUUACCAUAUGAUAUUGUGAAACGGCCAUUUCGGGUACAGGAAGAAUAUAAACCAAAGACUGGAGAGCUAGAACUUGGAACCACGUACAAGAAAGAUUAUAAUGCUCAUGAAAUCCAACCAGUGAUGUUAGUAAGACCUUCAGAGAGAAAGCACACUACAGGAGGAAAAUUGGAUACCAUACCGACCUAUCAAGAUGACUAUAGGUCAUGGGAAAUUCAAAGAAGGGAACCUGUUAAAUUGGAUCACGUCUACCACCCACCUACAGAGAAGUUUGGAAAUCCUACUACAUUUCAAGAUGACUUUGUUCCUAGGGAACUGAAUCCUAGACAAAGUUUCAAACCUCUCCGUGUACCCAAACUUUCAGACAUGCCUUUCGACGGCACUACGAGUCACCGCAUUUCCUAUAUUGCUCAUCAACUAGAACCAAAGUUUGUAAAAUCGAAAGAAGAGUAUAAGCCAAGCAACCAACCCUUUGAAGAUCUCACAACUCACCGGAAUGAUUUUAAAGGGCUGCCUGGGCCACUUGCAAGAAGCUGCAAGCCUGAAAAUGCAAAAGUCCAAUCCAGUGAUCACUUUAGUGGGGUCACUGAAUUCCAGGAUCGUUUUCAGCCCUGGCAGGUCUCCUUGCCUGAGGCACGCAAAUCAAAAGAGUACACUCCUCCCCCGGGUAACAUGGACUUUAACUCCACAAGCCGCCUUGAUUACAUUAGACAUGAGAUUUCUCCCACUGUACCUAUAAGGCCAAUUUCUAACACAAGAAGAAGCAGCGCCCCUUUCCAAGGGAAUACUACUACGAAGGAAGACUUUAAAGCCUGGGCCAGCUCCCGGCAAGAAAUUAUUAAGAAACAACAGGAAAUCCCCAAACCCACAGGAAAAUUUUAUGAUUUAACUACAUUCAAAUCUCAUUACGUACCACAUCACAUCGUUCCAACUCGAAGUUUCAAACCUGUGCGUGUCAUUCUUCCUAAUUCAGCUCAUUUUCAGGAUGAAACUAUGUAUCGCACCGAAUAUACUCCAAAGAAACAAGAGAUCUGCCCAGCAAAUUACCCAUCUCCUCCAGGUUACACUUACGUAAACACAGAUUCUCAUGGUCAUAAAUUCUUCCGCCAGCUCACUCCAGAAUUUUCUGAGUUAAACAGCAAUCACAUCCCUAAGGAAGUGGCUGUUGUGUCUUAA